CGUCAUUUCCGUUCGAACGACAGACUCCUACUUGUCGCGAGCUGUAAGAAUCCAUCUUGUCAUGCGGAUAAUUCCGAAGUCGUGAUGCAUCCUUCAAUUCUAAGUCAUGGUGCCCUACCAGAAAUAAUCAGAUGCAGCACAUGCUGCCGCCUGUAUCAUUGCCCGCUUUGUCCUAACUUUAGGCCAGCGAAGCUGAACAGACUAAAGAUCCACCUGGAUGUGCAUAUAAAAAAUGCAGUGUUUUUCCAAAACUUAAGAAUUUGCAGAUGCACGCUACCUUGUAGAAAGGAUGGUCAUUUCCACUGCCCUAGGUGCAGUGAGACAGUGAUUAAAAGAAACACUUUUGUGGAGCACCUGGAAAAGUGCAGCGGUGUGACCAAAAAGACUGAGUCCUCAUGCUUACUUCAGACAGCCUUACCUCCCAUUCCAUUGCUUCAACAAGCAAAAUCUUCCUCUCCACAGCCUGAAGGGGAUCAAUGUUUCCCUCAACUAAAGAAAGAAGUAGAACCUUCCCAUCUGCCCUCAUUCAGAAAACCAGUAAAGGUGAAAUGUCCACACUGUUCACUGCUGUUACAUAAAAAGAAUCUACAUACUCACAUUACUAGGAAGCAUUUAUGCACACCAAGAGAUGUGAAUAGGCAGUCACAUUUUGCCAGUGUUUGUGUUGAUACAAAAAAUGGUAUUGCUGCAGUUCAAAAGUCAGGACAUGGAUUUUCAACACCUAUUCAUGUUAAAAAAAAAUUAAGGCCAACAAACAUGAGGUAAUGUGUGAACUGGAGGAAUGCUGGCAAUAUCAGCUAUUAGUACGCAGGAGUCGUCUUGUGUUCAGUGAGUGCCACCACAUACGUUCACUGGAAUACUGCACAGAAGUAGCGGAGGAAGAGAUUCUACAUGCAAGAGUUUUGGAUGAAAUGGUUGCAUGCAAGUUCUUUGCAGCAGCAAAGAAGGCAGUGUGCUUGAAGAGACAAAGGUUAGCAUUGAAAGCUGGAGCACCUUUUUCUGUCCUUGUUGAUCUUGGUGGGUCAAAGUCUUAUAUUUGUUUAUCCAUCCAUGACUCCACAACAUAUUUCAGUCGCCUUGGAAGAAUGAUGGUUACGUUCAGUAUGAAGAACAACACGUGGCAUUGUCCAUGUGCUAAGCCACAUAUGUCAUGUCCUCAUAAGAACAUUGCAAAGUGGCACAUCUUUCAAAUUAACAGGAACUUGUUCAGAACUCAGUUGGAUUCAAAGCCUGACACAGCUUCACAGUCCAAACAGGAACAGGCAACAGAGGACUUGAAGAGGGCAGUGAAAUACAUUUAUGAAAGAAAAAAAAUUCCAGCAAGUCUUCCAGAGGACACAACUGCAAAACCACCAUCAGACUACCCAUCAGAUUUAAUUCCAGCGGAGACUUCAUGUGUCCUUUGCUCAAGCAGUCCAAAGUUUGACAUGCCAGUGAAUAUUACAAAUAUGGCCAAAAUAGUAACAACCCUUGGAAUUGCUGAAAAUAUUUCAACCUACUUUAAGAGAUGUCCUGAGUGUCAGAUGACUUACCGUUAUCAGGAGUGGCAAGAUGGACUUCAUAACUUUGAUGAUCAUCUUGUGUUGAGCCUUGAACUAUGUCUUUAUUUAAGACACAGUCUUCAGAACCACAUUUCUGUUUCAAGGGCUAUCGAUACUCUGCAAAAUUUGCGGAAAAAACAGUUUCCACCGACAGACAGGAUUUUGCAUGCCUACUGCCACUUUGAGGCACUAACCAGCACAGAUUGCACAUAUGCUUGUGUUCUGUGUAGCUACUGGCCUUCUGUUGUGGUGAUGGACCUGCAUAAAAAGGCUGUUUUUAAUUUGGCUGUCAGUGAUCUCAAAGAUCCACCUGUCAGCUAUACUGGUGAGCAAAGCAUUGUGGAUUUCUGGGAUGCUAUCAAUUUAGAGAUGAUUUCUUCUGGCUUUGUUCCCAGUCAGGCACAGAACCCUUGUGCUGUUAAACCAAAUUAUGAAUUCUGGGCACCUUGGAUAGGGCCAAUGACCAGGAAAAGUGACAAAGUACUCAACACAGAACAUGAGAAAAUGUCAGGUGUCAAGUCAUCUACUGAAGUGGCACUUACACUUGUAUCUGAAGAUCGGCUGGUUGAUGAAUUGAUGAAACAAAAAGUGAGCACUGUCCGAAAAUUGUGCAAGGCCUGUAACGUUUGUUUCAAAGGGUCCCAUACUGACCUUGUUAUCAGACUAAGGGAGGAGAUGAAAACGAGACAGACAUAUGACAAAGUAUUUCAGAAGAUCUGGGGCGCUUCUGGUGGAUGGUCAGUCAUUGUGUGUCCACAUGGAAUUGUGUACAGCUUAAAAUUCAACCUUAGAGCAGAGAGUCCAAGGGACUUUGCAGAUUUGCUUCUUUCCUGGAAGCACUUUCCAAAUGUGUGUGUAUAUGAUUUUGCCCGUGGGCUAGCUACACAUACUAACUUGAGGUUACCAGCCAUCUUGCCUUUUCAUCCAUUUGAAGGAAGAGUGGCACAGCCUACUGUGGAGAACAUUCAGUCAGCUGAGAUGAAAAAACUUCAGGCUUGUCUAUACAUUGCUGUUGAUGCCCCUUUUGACUACACAGUUGAUGACAUGCCUCAGAUUAGAAAAUGGUGGUGUAUUCUUCUUUUGGAGAAUUUAACACUGGAAAGGCAUGGAAAAAGAUUUGCUCACUGGACAGCAGAAGCUCAUGCUCUUCUGCGAGGAGAGACUGACCCAGUGUUCAGAUUGCCAAGGAGGAACCUAGAGCCUUCCCAGUCUGAAGAGGAGUCCAUGACAACCCAGGAGGAAACUUUAUCUCUCCCACACUCUGAAGAGCCAAAAGUAAUGACAGACCUGAAAACUGCAAGAAAAUGGUACCAAGAUCACCAUGAACUCUUUGAGUCUCCUGUGGUCCUUCCCAGAAUCCUCAGAAUGGAGGAUGGUGAUGUGAUUAGAUCACUGGAGAAACUUAAAAAUACUGAAUAUUACACUGAAGAAGAGAGAGAUACCAUCGUGUAUCCCUUUUUAUUUCAGUUUUCAAAUGUUCAAGACAUGCAUUUGUUUAUAGAAAACACAGCCGACAAGGGCUUAAUCGUGUUUUGUUGUUUAGUGUAGUAGGUUCACUGUACAGUACAUUGUUAUUGUCACAACCGAUCGUUCAGACCUCAUGUGGACCACGCCCACCUCAUUUACCUCAUCUGAAUCCCGCUUGUUACCAGCUUUCCUGUUUGAUCUUGUUUGUCUUGUGUAUUUGUUUGUUUUCUAGUUCAUUCCCCAGAUCUGUCAUUGUUGCUACGUGCCUUGUUCCCUGUUAUUCCCUUUUUACCCUGAUUAAACCCUGUUUAUUGGCA